UCCCGGCUGGCAGGGCCGACCGCUGGGGAGCCACCGCCCAGCGCCUUUAGCGAGCUCCCACCGCGAGCUUGGCUGCGAAGGGUCAGUCGAGACCCCCAACACACCCCAGCCAGUGUCCCCGCUUUAAGCGUGGACCCGGCUUGACCCUCAUCUUCCCCUGAGAGCUCUCCAAGACGCCUGUCUCUGAGGUCUUUCCCGAUGAGGCAGGUGGUCCCAUUUGACAGCUGGGAAAACAGUGGCCGAAAGACUGGGACUUGCCCAGGAGCACGCAGCUAAACAUAGCAGGGCAGGGUUUGAACUCAGGUUUCCUUCGGCCCUCUGAUCCAGGCCUAGGGGGCUAGCUGUCCCACACGCGACAGCCUGCCCUUCUCUGCUGGGAAAUUGGGGGUUGGGGGAGCACGGUACCCCAGGGCUGUGUGCCAGCCUUCCUCAUAGGGGUAAGAUCUGAAGGACCCCCCCACCCCAUCCGCACCCGAACUGCCUGGAAUUCCGCCGUCACAGCCACAUUCCUUUGGGUUAAGGUCUAAUUCCCCGUGGGACGCACACGUCUCCGGAAUGGGGCUUGCCCCUAGUGAUUCACUGCUCCUAUGAGCUGCCGGCAGCUCUCCCAGGACCCCCUCUGCCAGCAAGUCAGAUGAGGCAGGCAGGAGGGAGAGGAAGAGCCUGGGAGCCAGACAGCGAGCAGGGAUCCUCCUCUGUGCCGUGUGGGGUCUGCGUGGGGUUAGCCUGGAGUAGUGGAAGUAUUUGCUGUGCAGGCAGACAGACUGGACUCUGACCCUGACGGCUCUCCACUGCCUGUGUGACUCCGGAGCCAUGAGCCACUGGAUCCUGCUGCUCCUGGCCCUGCUGCCCGUAGGCCUGGCUACCUCCCAACGCCGAGACAAGGUGCCCUGUAAGAUGGUGGACAAGAAUGCCUGGUGCCAGGGCCUUGGCCUGCUCCAGGUCCCCUCAGGGCUCCCUCUGGACAUUGAGGUCCUCAACCUGUCUGGAAACCAGCUGCGGAGUAUCCUGCCCUCACCCCUGGGCUUCUACACGGCACUCCGUCACCUGGACCUGAGCGCGAACGAGAUCAGCUUCCUGCAGCCGGGGGUCUUCCAGGCCCUGCCCCACCUGGAGCACCUUAGCCUGGCCCACAACCACCUGGCGGCCAGCCCCGCAAUGAGUGCUGGUGGUCUGGGCCCCCUGCCACACGUGACCUCCCUGGACCUGUCCGGGAACAGCCUGUACAGUGGACUGGUGGAGCGGCUACUGGGGCAGGCACCCGCGCUGCGCACCCUGUCACUAGCGCAGAACAGUCUGACGCGCCUCAGCCGGCACACCUUCAUGGGGAUGCCUGCCCUGGAGCGGCUUGACCUACACAGCAACGUGCUAAUGGACAUCGAGGACGGUGCGUUCGAGGCCCUGCCCCGCCUGGCCCACCUCAAUCUCUCGAGGAACUCCCUCACCUGCAUCUCCAACUUCAGUCUCCAGCAGCUGCAGGUGCUGGACCUGAGCUGCAACAGCAUCGAGGCCUUUCAAAUGGCCCCAGAACCCCGGACAGAGUACCAGCUUGCCUGGCUCGACCUGCGGGAGAACAACCUGCUCCACUUCCCCGACCUGGCCGCGCUCCCAAGGCUGGUCUACCUGAAUGUGUCCAACAACCUCAUCCGGCUCCCUGUGGAGCCACCCCAGGGCAAUAGGGGCACCCAGGGCUGGUCAGCCUCACCCUCGAACCCCAGCUGGAACACCAGCACCCAUGCCCUUUCCCAGCUCUUGAACCUGGACUUGAGCUAUAAUGAAAUCGAGCUGGUCCCCAGUGACUUCCUGGCACACUUGACCUCGCUGCACUUCCUCAAUCUCAGCCGAAACUGCCUGCGCACCUUCGAGGCCCGGCACGCGGGCUCCCUGCCCUGCCUGGUGCGCCUAGACUUGAGUUGGAACAUGCUGGAGGCACUAGAGCUGGGCUCCAGGACCUUGGGGUCUCUGCGGACACUGUUGCUGCAGGACAAUGCCCUGCAGGACCUGCCCUCCUACACCUUUGCCAGCCUGGCCAGCCUACAGAGGCUCGACCUACAGGGGAACCGGGUCAACCCCUGCGGGGGACCGGGGAAACCCGGGCCCUCUGGCUGUGUGUCCUUCUCUGGCAUCUCCUCCCUUCGCACCCUGAACCUGGUGGAUAAUGAGAUCAGGGUGCUCAGGGCAGGGGCCUUCCUUCACACCCCACUUACUGAGCUGGACCUGUCUGCCAACCCAGGGCUGGAUGUGGCCAUGGGGGCGUUGGCGGGCCUGGAGGCCUCCUUGGAGGUCCUGGCACUGCAGGGCAAUGGGCUGGCGGUGCUGCAAGUGGACCUGCCCUGCUUCAGCUGCCUCAAGCGGCUCAACCUGGCUGAGAACCGUCUCAGCCACUUGCCUGCCUGGACGCAGGCCGUGUCGCUGGAGGUGCUGGACCUGCGGAACAAUAGCUUCAGUCUACUGCCGGGCAGUGCCAUGGGCGGCCUGGAAACCAGCCUCCGGCGCCUCUACCUGCAGGGCAACCCGCUCAGCUGCUGUGGCAAUGGCUGGCUGGCGGCCCAGCUACAUCAAGGCCGUGUAGACGUGGACGCCACCCGGGACUUGAUCUGCCGCUUUGGCUCUCAGGAGGAGGUGUCCCUGAGCCACGUUCGUCCUGAGGAUUGUGAGAAGGGUGGCCUCAAGAAUGUCAACCUCAUCAUCAUCCUCACCUUCACUGUGCUCGCCGCCAUCCUCCUCACCACACUGGCCACCUGCUGCUGCGUCCGCCGGCAGAGGUUUAACCAACAGUACAAGGCCUAGGGAGGCCCAGACCCUUCAGAUCAACAGGGAGCCAUGGCAUGGAGGAGAGUGGGGCUGACCCAGCUCACGCAGUGAGCAGGAUUCCAGACCCUGGUCCAUACGUGCUAGCCCAGGGCAUUCUCUCUGCACCCUGCCACUUAGUAGAUGACCCAGCUGUGGGAGCCAGAGCUUGGGAGGCUUCAGGGGAAGCAGAAAAGGAAACCGACCCAUCAGGUCAGCAGAUCUCCACGAAGCAUGUGUUUUAUGCCACACCCUGCUCUGGGCACCAGGGAUGCUCAUAAACAAGGUGCAUCCCGCCCUCAAGCCUCUCCCUGCCAGGAGGGGCUGUCCGGAGCCCCACAGUGACCUCAGUGUUUCAGGCUCACAGUGUGGAAGUUGGGGCUCUACGGCUCUGCAGCCCCAGCCAGGUCCGUGUGGAUAGUCCUGCCCUGGCCUUGCCAGGGUAAGGGAAGGCCAAACCCCAGAGAGGCUGCCUGAGACAAUUCCAAGCAGGCAGUCACAUCUAAUAACGACAUUCGGCCUCUCUGGAAAAUAAAGAGCUCAUGACCGGAAGAGAGGACCGGAGCCACAGGAGUGUGCCUUGGGCACAGAGCGUGGGGUGGUCACUGCAGGCUGGUUGAGAAGCUGCCUCCUGGACUCCAGCCAGGCUGGACCACUCCUUUCAGCUCUGCCCCAACUGGCUCUUCCCCUCCUGUGCUCUCACGUUGCACACACCAAUGCCAAUGCUGCCCUAAGCCCACCCUCCUGCCCAGGCCUUCUCUCCCCAGCCCUUUGCCCCUCCUGAGCUGGCAAGCCGGGAGUAGAACCUUAGAUGUGUGGGUCUGCUGUGCACCAGGCUUGGCCAGCUGCAGAUGCAAGCCCUGGGUCAGCCCUCAGAGGCUGGCAGUUUAUUCCCAUUGUACAAAAAAGGAAAGCCCGCAAGCCUCCGGGGUUUCCUGCAAGGCCCCGCAGCCAUUGCUGAGAUUCACACCCACACCCUGGGCCCCCAGGGCCCAAGCUUUGCCUGGGAGGGCUGCAGGUGUUAGGUGGACUGGGAGUGGCCCACAGCAUCCCUGAAGGACAUGGGGCACCCCAUGCUAUUCGUGCCCCCUCUCUUGUCUCACCCAGGCCGGCAGAGAGAAUUCGCUCCUCCUUUUCUACCUCAGUUUCCCUCCUGCUUCCCUUUGCAGACUCGUGGGAUUCUUCCUUUUCUCUUCUUGCUCUUGCAUUCUCUCACUCCCUCUCCCUCCACUGAGUAUAGCCCAGAGUGAAGACGGUCAGAUCUGACCUCCCCAUUGCACUGACAGAGAAACUGAGGGCUUGGGAAGAGAAUGCAACUUGCCGAGACAGAGCUGCCCUGGUCAGUGGUGAAGCCUGUGGAUUCCGAUCUUGGGCAGGGUAGGGUGGGGUGGAUGAGGGCCACACCUGGGCAGGUUCUUCUCUCCUCAUGUUUACGUCUCAAGAUGAUGCUCACUCCAAACUUUCUGUUCCUCAUCAGGUGAGGAUUUCCUUUCCCCUCGAAAAAUAGAUAGAAAGACCCCUGUCCCUCAUACCCUGGAGUCCUGAGCUAUCUAAGAGAGCCGGGGCCCUGUUUGGCCAUCCUCAUCCUCUUGCCUAUGGCUGACCCGCAGUCUGGUUCAUGACCAUGUCAGUAAAGUGCGAGAAAACAAAAAUGCCACUCACUCCACCCCGUUUCACAGAUGAGAAAGCUGAGGCCCGGACACUGCUCAGGACUCCGAGAGUCAAGGGCAGAGCCAGGGAUAGACCUGUGGAUGGGGACAGCCGGGGAGCCCCGUGCUGGCUGGGAUUGUGGCCACAGGUGCUGCUGUGCUUGUACUCCUCCCCGGGCCUGAGGCCAAAGGGUCUCCCCACGCCUGAUCUUUGAAAACACUACAUAAUGCUGCUGUCACCUCCCAGGAGCCAGGCCACAGCCCAGGUCGCAUAUAAUCCACGAGAAUGUAUUAAAAACUAGUUUUGGAGAA